UUUCAUGCUGCUACGCGCGAUUGGAUUGCCGUCCAGACGCCUGGGCCAACAUCCCGUCAGCCACCUCCUGAGCCCAGGCUGGCUACAGGUGGUGAGAUCCUGGUUCUCAUCCGCACUUACGCCUUCACAUGUUUCCUGGUUCGACCACGGACCUAGGAUUCACUCGGUCGGCCUGAUUCCUCGUAAUGACAAUUUGGAAUUGUACCGAGUCGAUGGGGGUAGAUCGACCACCAUUCGUGCAUCUGUCGCGAGUCGCGACCCGGAUAAUGAUAAUGGACCCGGCCCCGAUCGGUCGCGUUCGUCGCCAGUCAAUUGGCUCAGGGUCUUUUCGUUUGCUUUUUCCCUUCUCCUUUUCUUGAAUUUAAUGUCCUAUCGGCAAGGACGCAUGGGAUUGCGUUGGCAAUCAACCUUAUCCGGUCGCGACAACUUUAAGGAUCAGGAGGCUUUCGUGUUGCGAGGCUGUCUCGUCGCCGAUCGGACCACGGCUCUGACACUCCAAACACUCCCAAGGUCUAUCAGGCUAUCAGCCCAACAUACAUGGUAGAGGUGAAACACACCCAUGCCGAUGUUGUAAAAAUAGCAUAGACACUGCUACGUUCCGCCCGGCGGAAAUUAUUUGCGAGGCCGUUUCUGGCUGUGUACACUGACUCUGUCGCUACAUACGCCAUGCUUCAUUUACAUAGAUAAUGAUAGCCAAACGAAGUAGAUGGGCCAUAUCUCUGCGUCGCGAAAUGUUUUCGAUACUGGUGAAGGACCCCUACAUUGUUGAAAGGCAAUCCCAGAGGGCGUUCUCAAACUCAGUCUGGAUGAUUGC